AUGGGUGGAAGCCAUGCCAGCCCUACUAAUGACGCACAAGUGGUCAUCAAGAUGUUUAAAUCCAUCAUUUUUCCAAGGUUUGGAGUGCCUAGGAUAGUCAUAAGUGAUGGAGGUUCACAUUUCAUCAACAGAAUCUUUGCCAACCUUUUGAAGAAGCAUGGAGUUACUCACAAAGUUGCCUCUCCUUACCACCCCCAAACUAGUGGACAAGUUGAGAUCUCAAACAGAGAACUCAAGAGCAUACUUCAGAAGACAACAGGCAAGACAAGGAAGGAUUGGAGUGCCAAACUAGAUGAUGCUCUAUGGGCAUACCGCACUGCCUUCAAAACACCACUUGGUACCACCCCCUUUCAUCUUGUCUAUGGUAAAGCAUGUCAUUUACCUGUGGAGCUGGAGUACAAAGCAGCUUGGGCUAUUAAGGAGUUGAACUUCAACCUAAAGACAGCAGGAGAAAGAAGAUUGAUUCAGCUAAAUGAGCUUGAUGAGAUUAGGCAUCUAGCUUAUGAGAAUUCAAAGAUCUAUAAGGAGAGAACCAAAGCUUUCCAUGACCGCAAGAUCAUCCCAAAGAACUUGCGCCAAACGACCAAGUUCUACUAUUCAACUCAAGUGGUACUAUGGGACCCAAUGGGAGGAGACUUUACAGUCAAUGGACAAAGGUUAAAACCCUACCUAGCUUCCACCACCAUACCACAGGAGACCACACUGGCUCUUGGCGAUCCACCAGAUCCUUAA